CGGCAGGCUGCGCUGUGCUCGGCGCGGCGGCCCGGCGGGGAUCGCCCCCUCUCCCCUCGCUCCCCGCCGCAGCCACCAGCGGCGUCGGGAGCGGCAUGGAGACCCGGCGCGGGAGGCCGCAGGGCAGCGCCCGGAGCUGAGCCGGCCGGGUGAAAGAAUGAUGUGAUGGAGAUGAAUAUGGGCCGCUGGUCAGGCUCACGGCCACCUCCAUCAUGCCUUGCCAUUCUGAUUGUCAAGCUCCUGGCCUCCAUUUGCCCGGUAGUUCAUGGGACUGCCCCUCUUGGCUUUCACUUUACACAUUCCACUUACAAUGCUACGGUGUACGAGAAUUCUGCAGCCAGGACCUAUGUCAACAGUCAAAUGAGGAUGGGCAUCACGUUGGCUGACCUUUCAUGGGAUAUCAAGUACAGGAUAGUGUCUGGUGAUGAUGAAGGCUUUUUUAAAGCAGAGGAAGUCAUCAUUGCUGACUUUUGCUUCCUAAGAAUAAGGACUAAAGGUGGGAAUUCUGCUAUAUUGAACAGAGAAAUCCAGGACAACUAUUUAUUAAUGGUGAAAGGGUCUGUUAGAGGAGAGGACUUGGAAGCGUGGACAAAAGUGAACAUCCAGGUUUUGGAUAUGAAUGACUUAAGACCUUUAUUUUCACCAACCACAUACUCUGUCACAAUAGCGGAAAGCACUCCUUUAAGGACUAGCAUUGCACAGGUGACCGCAACAGAUGCGGAUAUUGGGUCCAAUGGUGAAUUUUAUUAUUACUUCAAAAACAAAGUUGAUCUCUUCUCAGUUCAUCCUACAAGUGGUGUUAUCUCGUUAAGUGGCCGGUUAAACUAUGAUGAGAAAAACAGAUACGAUCUUGAGAUUUUGGCUGUGGACCGUGGGAUGAAGCUUUAUGGAAACAAUGGCGUAAGCAGCACUGCGAAGCUUUAUGUUCACAUUGAACGUAUAAAUGAACAUGCCCCAACGAUAAAUGUAGUAACCCAUAUUCCCUUCCCAUCAGACAAGGAGCCUACCUAUGCAGUUGUUAACAUUGAUGACCUAGAUGAAGGAGCCAAUGGAGAAAUAGAAUCUGUUUCUAUUGUGGCUGGAGAUCCUCUGGAACAGUUCUUUCUGACUAAAGAAGGUAAAUGGAUGAAUGAGUACAAAAUCAAAGAAAGAAAGCCUAUUGACUGGGACAGUUUCCCAUAUGGUUAUAACCUGACCCUCCAAGCGAAGGACAGAGGAUCUCCUCAGAAAUUUUCUGCGGUCAAAUUGGUCCACAUUGCUAGUCCCAAGAAAGAAAGUAUCCCUGUGAAGUUUGAAAAGGAAGCAUAUGAUUUUUUGAUCAGUGAAUUUUCACCUCCAGGUGUGGUGGUUGCAGUAGUUAAGCUGAUGCCUGAGCCACAGGGUGUGGAAUAUAGAAUAUCUCCAAGUGAAGAAGCUGAGUAUUUUAAGAUCAAUCCCAACACAGGCCUUAUUACUACUGCUCGUCCUUUGAAAAUCAUUGAGAAGGACCUCUAUGAAUUACAAGUAUAUACGAACAAAGGUGGUGAUUUAAAAGUACAGGUUACUGUCAGGUUAGAAGAUGCCAACGAUCACACUCCCGAGUUCCAGCAGCAUUCCUACAGCUCGUUUGUCAAUGAAAGUGUUCCUGUGGGGUCUAGUGUUUUGACAGUUUCAGCAGUUGAUAAAGACAGGGGAGAAAAUGGAUACAUAACGUACAGCAUUGCCAGUCUGAACUCACUACCAUUUACAAUAAACCAGUUUACAGGUGUCAUCAGCACAUCUGAAGAACUGGAUUUCGAGUCGUCACCAGAAAGCUACAGGUUCAUUGUGAGAGCUUCUGACUGGGGUUCUCCCUACCGCCAUGAAAGUGAGGUGAACGUCACCAUAUACAUAGGCAAUGUCAAUGAUAACAAACCCCUCUUUGAAAAAGUGGCAUGUCAGGGAGUGAUUUCUUCUGAUUUCCCUGUUGGUGGUCACAUCACUGCUGUUUCUGCAAUAGACAUAGAUGAGUUAGAGCUUGUGAAAUACAAAAUAAUCUCCGGAAAUGAACUUGGAAUUUUUUAUUUAAACCCUGACUCUGGUGUCUUGCAACUUAAAAAAUCUCUAAUUAAUUCUGGCAUAAAGAACAGCAAUUUCGGCCUUAAGAUAACAGCAACUGAUGGAGAGAACUUUGCUGAUGCUAUGUUUGUUAAUAUUUCGGUAGUUCAUGGGAAAGUGUCUUCAAAGACCUUUAGCUGUAGAGAAACUAGAGUCGCUCAGAAGUUAGCAGAAAAAUUACUCAAAAAGGCAAAAGCAAAUGUGAAGCUGAAUUUGGAAGAUGGUUUUCUUGAUUUUUAUUCAGUGAACAGGCAGGCACCUCAUUUUGACAAAUCCUUCCCUACUGAUGUAAAGGUUUCAGAGGAUCUGCCAGUUGGUGCCACCAUCCUGAGGAUAAAAGCAUAUGAUGCAGACUCAGGCUUUAAUGGAAGAGUACUUUAUACAAUUUCUGAUGGUAAUGUAGAUAGCUGUUUCAACAUUGACAUGGAGACAGGGGUACUUAAUGUUCUUAUGCCCUUGGACCGUGAGAAAACAGAGCUCUAUCUCCUUAAUAUUACAAUUUAUGAUUUAGGUAAUCCACAAAAAUCUGCAUGGAGACUGUUGACUGUUACAGUGGAGGAUGCAAAUGAUAACAAGCCUGUAUUUUUACAGGACAGUUACUCAGUUAAUAUUUUAGAAAGUACAAGUCUGGGUACAGAGAUUAUCCAGGUAGAAGCCAGAGAUAAAGACCUAGGAUCUAAUGGUGAAGUGACUUACUCGGUACUGACAGACACCCAGCAAUUUGCUAUCAACAGUUCCACGGGAAUGGUGUAUGUGGCUGAUCAACUAGAUCGGGAAUCAAAAGCAAACUACACACUCAAGAUAGAGGCUAGGGACAAUGCAGAGAGUGGCCAUCAGCAGUUUUCUGUUGUGCCUCUGAAGGUUUUUUUGGAUGAUGUCAAUGAUUGCUCUCCAUCCUUUAUACCAUCCAGCUACAACGUGAAGGUCCUUGAGGACCUGCCAGUUGGCACUGUUAUAGCUUGGUUGGAAACUCAUGAUCCAGAUCUCGGCUUGGGAGGCCAAGUCCGUUACUCACUGGUGAACGAUUACAAUGGGCGGUUUGAAAUAGACAAAGCAAGUGGUGCCAUCCGCUUGAACAAAGAGCUCGAUUAUGAGAAGCAACAGUUCUAUAACCUGACUGUGCGUGCAAAGGACAAGGGGCGCCCGGUUUCUCUCUCUUCUGUUUCUUUUGUGGAAGUUGAAGUGGUGGAUGUAAAUGAAAAUCUCUAUACCCCCUAUUUUCCUGACUUUGCCGUCAUUGGAUCUGUAAAGGAAAACUCCCGCAUUGGUACAAGUGUUUUGCAAGUUGUUGCUCGAGACGAGGACUCUGGAAGGGAUGGAGAGAUCCAGUAUUCCAUCAGGGAUGGCAGCGGCCUGGGGAGAUUCAGCAUAGAUGAAGAAACUGGAGUUAUCUACACAGCAGAUAUUCUUGACAGGGAGACAACCAAAUCCUAUUGGCUGACAGUGUAUGCGACUGACCAUGGUGUUGUCCCACUCUACACUACCAUCGAAGUCUACGUUGAAGUGGAAGAUGUGAAUGACAAUGCCCCACUCACCUCUGAACCAAUCUAUUACCCAGCCGUCAUGGAAAACUCCCCAAAGGAUGUAUCUGUCAUUCAGAUCCAAGCCCAGGACCCUGACUCCAGCACUAAUGAGAAACUGACUUACCGAAUUACAAGUGGAAAUCCCCAGAACUUCUUUGUAAUCAAUCCCAAAACAGGUCUGAUUACAACAACAUCAAGAAAAUUGGAUCGGGAACAGCAAGCAGAGCAUUUUUUGGAAGUAACUGUCUCAGAUGGGGGCACAUCUCCCAAGCAGUCCUCAGUUUGGGUGGUGGUCCAGGUUCUGGAUGAGAAUGAUAACAAACCUCAGUUUCCAGAGAAAGUCUAUCAGAUCAAGUUGCCAGAGAGGGACCGUAAGAAAAGAGGAGAGCCAAUCUACAGAGCUUUUGCUUUUGACAAAGAUGAAGGCCCUAAUGCAGAAAUCUCGUACAGCAUUGUGGAUGGAAACGAUGAUGGGAAAUUUUUUAUUGAUCCCAAAACAGGGAUGGUUUCUUCCAGAAAGCAGUUCACAGCGGGGAGUUAUGACAUCUUAACAAUAAAAGCAGUGGACAAUGGCCGGCCCCAAAAAUCUUCAACUGCACGCCUCCACAUUGAGUGGAUAAAAAAGCCUGCGCCCUCACCCUUGCCCCUGACUUUUGAUGAACCCUUUUACAACUUCACCGUCAUGGAGAGCGACAAAGUGACAGAAAUCGUCGGGGUGGUGUCUGUGCAGCCAUCUAACAUUCCUCUCUGGUUUGAUAUUGUUGGAGGGAAUUACGAUAGUUCUUUCGACGCGGAGAAGGGAGUGGGCACUAUUGUCAUUGCAAAGCCCUUGGAUGCAGAGCAGAGGUCAAUAUAUAAUAUGACUGUGGAGGUCACCGAUGGAACAAACAUUGCCACGACUCAGGUUCUUAUCAAGGUGUUGGAUAACAAUGAUAAUGGCCCAGAAUUCUCUCAACCAAGUUAUGAUGUCACCAUUUCAGAGGACAUCCUCCCUGAUACUGAAAUUCUGCAAAUUGAAGCUAUAGACAGAGAUGAAAAGCAUAAGUUGAGCUACACUAUUCACAGCAGCAUCGAUACAGUCAGCGUGAGAAAAUUCAGAAUUGAUCCCAGCACUGGGGUGCUCUAUACUGCUGAGAGAUUAGACCACGAAGCUCAAGAUAAGCACAUCCUUAAUGUCAUGGUCCGCGAUCAAGAAUUCCCUUACAGAAGAAACCUGGCCAGAGUCAUCAUAAAUGUGGAAGACUCAAAUGACCACAGUCCAUACUUUACCAGCCCGUUGUAUGAAGCCUCAGUGUUUGAAUCAGCAGCAGUUGGAUCAGCAGUCUUGCAGGUCACAGCUUUGGACAAAGACAAAGGAGAAAACGCAGAGCUUGUCUACACUAUUGAAGCAGGAAAUACGGGAAACACAUUCAAGAUUGAACCAGUUUUAGGGAUCGUUACAUUACUGAAGGAGCCAGACUUAACCACAAUGGGACAGUUUGUUUUGUCAGUCAAAGUGACUGAUCAAGGUUCUCCGCCUCUGUCUGCAACAGCAAUUGUGCGGAUAUCUGUGACGAUGGCAGACAACUCCCACCCUAAAUUCACUCUCAAAGAGUACCAAGCAGAGGUUAAUGAAAAUGUGGAUAUCGGUACUUCUGUCAUCUCUCUUUCUGCCAUCAGUCAGUCCACGUUAGUUUAUGAGGUUAAAGAUGGAAACAUGGAUGGAGUCUUCACUAUAAACCCAUAUUCUGGAGUGAUCACCAGUCAGAAGGCCCUUGAUUAUGAGCGUGCUUCCUCCUAUCAUCUCAUUGUACAGGCAACAAAUAUGGCAGGCAUGGCAUCAAAUGCCACUGUGAACAUUCAGAUUGUUGAUGAAAAUGAUAACCCACCAGUUUUUCUCUUCUCUCAGUACUCAGGCAGCAUAAGCGAAGCGGCUCCUGUAAACAGCAUAGUCCGGAGUGCCAAUAACAGUCCUCUUGUGAUACGUGCCACUGACGCUGACAGCAACCAGAAUGCUUUGCUUGUCUACCAGAUUGUUGAAUCUACUGCAAAAAAGUAUUUCACAGUAGAUUCCAGCACAGGUGCAAUCAGAACAAUUGCAAAUUUAGAUCAUGAAACAAUAGCCCACUUCCACUUCCAUGUGCAUGUUAGAGACAGUGGGAAUCCCCAGCUCACAGCAGAGAGCCCAGUUGAAGUGACCAUUGAGGUAACUGAUGUCAAUGACAACCCACCAGUCUUCAGCCAGGCCGUAUUUGAGACCGUCUUGCUCCUGCCCACAUAUGUUGGUGUUGAGGUUCUCAAAGUCAAGGCUACAGACCCAGAUUCAGAGAUCCCUCCUGAACUAACAUAUAGUCUAAUUGAAGGCAAUUUGGACCAUUUUUUAAUUGAUUCAAGCACAGGGGUACUCACCAUUAAAAACAAUAGCCUCUCCAAAGACCAUUAUAUGCUAAUAGUAAGAGUAUCUGAUGGGAAAUUUUAUAGCACUGCUAUGGUGACAAUAAUGGUAAAAGAAGCCAUGGAUAGUGGGCUCCAUUUCACACAAAAUUUUUAUUCCACUUCUAUCUCAGAAAAUAGUACCAAUAUCACAAAGAUUGCUGUGGUGAAUGCUGUUGGUAACCGCCUCAAUGAGCCUUUGAAAUACAGUAUAUUAAACCCAGGCAACAAAUUUAGGAUCAAAUCCACCUCAGGAGUCAUUCAGACAACUGGCAUCCCCUUUGACCGAGAGGAGCAAGAGCUGUAUGAGUUGGUGGUAGAAGCAAGCCGUGAACUAGAUCAUCUUCGUGUUGCUCGAGUGGUGGUGAGGGUUUACAUUGAGGACAUAAAUGACAAUGCUCCAGUGUUUGUAGGGCUUCCAUACUAUGCCGCUGUGCAAGUUGAUGCUGAGCCUGGCACCCUGAUAUAUCGAGUGACGGCUAUUGAUAAAGAUAAGGGUGAAAAUGGUGAGGUGUCGUAUCUUUUGAAGGAAGAUUAUGGACAUUUUGAAAUUGAUAGAGGAUCCGGUAGCGUCACUUUAAAAGAAGCCUUCAAUUCUGAUCUGUCGAAUAUAGAGUAUUUGGUUGUCAUUCUUGCAAAAGAUGGGGGUAACCCAUCAUUGUCUGCUUCAGUAGAGCUCCCCAUUACUAUUGUUAACAAAGCGAUGCCUGUAUUUGACAAGCCCUUCUAUACAGCUUCUGUGAACGAAGAUGUAGAAAUGCACACGCCAAUUUUAAGCAUAAACGCAACUAGUCCAGAAGGCCAGGGUAUCAUUUAUAUCAUUGUCGAUGGAGAUCCCUACAACCAGUUUAAUAUCGACUUUGAUACUGGAGUUCUGAGUGUCGUUAGCCCACUGGACUAUGAAAUAAAUUCUGUUUUCAAGCUGAUGGUACGAGCCAGUGAUGCCCUCACUGGCGCUCGAGCUGAGGUCACUGUGGACUUGAUCAUUAAUGAUGUUAAUGAUAAUCCUCCAAUUUUUGAUCAGUCGGCUUAUAAUGCCACUUUGUCUGAAGCAUCUUUGAUUGGAACUCCUGUACUGCAGGUUGUUGCAAUUGAUGCCGACUCUGACAAUAACAAGAUUGUGCAGUAUCAGAUAGUCCAGGACACCUUUAACAGCACGGACUAUUUCCACAUAGACAGCACCAGCGGCCUAAUUCUGACAGCCCGGAUGCUGGAUCAUGAGCUCAUACAGCAGUGCACCUUGAAAGUCAGAGCAACUGAUAAUGGGUUCCCACCAUUAAGCAGCGAGGUUCUUGUUAGUAUUUCAAUAACAGAUAUGAAUGACAACCCUCCAGUUUUUAACCAGUUAAUAUAUGAAUCGUAUGUGAGCGAACUGGCACCGCGGGGUCAUUUUGUGACUUGCGUCCAAGCCUCUGAUGCUGACAGCUCUGAUUUUGACAGGCUGGAGUACAGCAUCCUAUCAGGAAAUGAUCGGACCAGCUUUAUUAUGGACAGCAAGAGUGGUAUUAUCACCCUUUCCAAUCAUCGCAAACAGAGAAUGGAGCCCAUGUACAGCCUGAAUGUCUCUGUGUCAGACGGGCUGUUCACCAGCACAGCUCAGGUGCACAUACAGAUCCUCGGGGCCAACCUCUACAGCCCUGUGUUUUCACAGAGUGUUUAUGUGGCAGAGGUUAGAGAAAAUGCUGCUCCUGGAACUAAGGUAAUCCAUGUGAAGGCAACAGAUGGGGAUUCAGGCGUAUAUGGCCAUAUAAGCUACUCGAUAAUAAAUGACUUCGCCAAGGACCGAUUUUUGAUUGAUAGCAAUGGGCAGAUUCUGACAACUGAGAGGUUAGACCGGGAGAACCCACUGGAAAGUGAUAUCGGUAUAUUUUUGAGAGCCCUUGAUGGAGGUGGCAGGACUACGUUUUGCACUGUGAGAGUGAUAGUAGUGGAUGAGAAUGACAACGCUCCUCAAUUUAUGACGGUUGAAUACAGAGCAAGUGUCAAAGCAGAUGUUGGGAAAGGUUACUUGGUGACCCAAGUACAAGCAGUAGAUCCAGAUGAUGGAGCCAAUUCCAGAAUUACCUAUUCUUUGUAUAGUGAAGCCUCCGUUUCAGUAGCCGAUCUCCUUGAAAUAGAUCCAGACAAUGGAUGGAUGGUCACCAAGGGUAGCUUUAACCAGCUGAAAAACACAGUUCUGUCAUUCUUUGUCAAAGCAGUUGAUGGUGGCAUUCCUGUAAAGCAUUCCCUCAUUCCUGUCUACAUCCAUGUUUUACCCCCAGAAACUAUUUUGCCUUCCUUUUCUCAACCUCAGUAUUCUUUUACUAUAGCAGAAGACACCCUCAUAGGUGGCACCAUUGACAUUCUGCAUGUUUUGCCUAAUCAGGGUGCUUUGUAUAGCACAGUUAAUGGUGAGCUGACUGAAAAUAACAAAGAUGGGGUUUUCAUCAUAGAGCAGGACACAGGGCUCAUAAAACUGGAUAAGAGACUCGAUCACGAGACAAAUCCCGCUUUCCACUUCAAAGUUGCGGCCACCAUCCAGUUAGACAAAGUAGACAUUGUGUUGACUGUGGAUGUGGAGGUUAAGGUAUUGGAUGUAAAUGACAACAAGCCCAUGUUUGAAACAGCUAGCUAUGAUGCUAUAAUAAUGGAAGGGAUGCCUAUAGGAACGAAACUUAUGCAAGUUAAAGCAAUUGAUGCAGACUCAAGUGCAAAUGGGCAGGUCACUUAUACACUUGCAGUGGAAUCAGAACUGGAGAAGAUCACAGAAGCAUUCACUAUUGAUAGCAACAGUGGCUGGAUCAGCACACUGAAGGAUCUGGACCAUGAAAAGGAUCCUGCUUUCACCUUUGCAGUGGUGGCCUCGGAUCUGGGUGAAGCUUUAUCCUUGUCAUCAACCACCUUGGUCUCAGUUACUGUGACAGAUAUAAAUGAUAACGCACCCAUAUUUGAGCAUGAGGUGUACAGAGGGUCGGUGAAGGAGAGUGACCCUCCAGGGGAGGUUGUGGCUGUUCUUAGCACCUGGGAUGAAGACACGUCUGAUGUCAACCGGCAGGUUAGCUACCAUAUUACAGGAGGGAAUCCCAAAGGGAAGUUUGCUCUGGGACUGGUUCAGAAUGAGUGGAAGGUUUAUGUUAAAAGGCCUCUAGAUCGGGAAGAGCAAGACGUUUAUUAUCUGAACAUCACCGCCACAGAUGGCCUCUUUGUAACCCAAGCUGCCGUGGAAGUGACCGUCACUGAUGUUAAUGAUAAUAAUCCAGUUUGUGAACAGGUUGCAUACACAGCACUGUUUCCUGAAGACAUCCCAUCAAACAAAGUCAUUCUUAAAAUCAGUGCUAAAGAUGCUGACAUUGGGUCCAAUGGUGAAAUUCGCUAUUCUCUCUAUGGUGCUGGGAAUAAUAAAUUUUUCUUAGAUCCAGAAAAUGGUGAGCUGAAAUCCUUGGCCCCUCUCGACCGAGAGAAAAUCCCUGUGUACAACUUGGUUGCCCGAGCCACAGAUGGUGGUGGCAGGUUUUGCCAAUCAGAAAUCCAUCUUGUUUUAGAAGAUGUUAAUGAUAAUCCACCAGUGUUUUCAUCUGAUCACUACACUGCUUGUGUCUAUGAGAAUACAGCCACUAAAGCUCUAUUAACAAGAGUCCAAGCCACUGAUCCUGAUGUCGGUGUGAACAGAAAAGUUACCUAUUCCCUGGCAGACUCUGCAGAUGGUUACUUCUCAGUUGACCGGUCAUCAGGAAUCAUUAUUUUGGAGCACCCACUUGAUAGAGAGCUUCAGUCUUCCUAUAACAUCAGUGUAAAAGCAUCAGAUCAGAGCAUUGUGCUGACCUUGUCCUCGUUUGCCACUGUUACCAUUACAGUGCUAGACAUUAAUGACAACCCCCCUGUGUUUGAAAGAAGAGAUUAUCUUGUUACAGUACCUGAAGACACCUCACCUGGCACUGAGGUCCUUUCUGUUUUUGCUACAAGCCAAGACAUUGGUACAAAUGCUGAGAUUGCCUAUCUCAUCAGAUCAGGCAAUGAGAAAGGGAAGUUCAGGAUUAACUCCAAAACAGGAGUGAUUUCCAUUUUUGAAGCUUUGGAUUAUGAAUCGUGUAAGGAUUUCUACUUAGUAGUGGAAGCAAAAGAUGGAGGUACUCCAGCCCUGAGCGCCGUUACAACUGUGAACGUGAAUGUGACAGAUGUUAAUGACAACGCGCCGAAAUUCAGCCAGGUGGUCUACAGUGCAGUCAUCAGCGAGGAUGCCGCUGUCGGUGAUUCGGUGAUAAUGUUGAUAGCAGAAGAUCUGGACAGUCCUUCCAAUGGCCAGAUUCAUUUUUCCAUAGUGAAUGGGGAUCGAGACAAUGAAUUUUCAGUUGAUCCUGUUUUGGGACUCGUGAAGGUUAAAAAGAAAUUGGAUAGAGAAAGGAUAUCUGGUUAUUCAUUAGUUAUCCAGGCAAGAGACAGCGGCACCCCUCCUUUGUCUUCAACUGUGACGGUCAAUGUGGACAUUUCUGAUGUGAACGAUAAUAGCCCUGUAUUUACUCCAUCGAACUAUACAGCUGUAAUUCAAGAAAAUAAACCAGUGGGCACAAGCAUUUUGCAGCUGGUAGUGACAGACAAAGACUCUUUUCACAAUGGCCCCCCUUUUACCUUCACCAUCCUCACUGGCAAUGAAGAGGAAGAGUUUACGCUGGAUCCUCACGGUGUCUUGAGAUCUGCAGUCAUCUUCAAGCACAUGGUCGCAACCGAAUAUGUGCUCUGCGUGCAGGCAAAGGACUCUGGGAAGCCUCAGCAGGUUUCCCACACCUACGUUCAGGUGAGAGUUAUCGAAGAGAGCAUUCACAAACCAACGGCCAUUCCACUGGAGAUUUUCAUUGUCACCAUGGAAGACGAUUUUCCUGGGGGAGUCAUUGGGAAAAUUCAUGCCACAGAUCAGGAUGUGUAUGAUGUCCUCACAUAUACACUAAAAUCAGAGCAGAAAAGCUUGUUCAAGGUCAACAGCCAUGAUGGGAAGAUCAUCGCCCUUGGAGGGCUGGAUAACGGCAAGUAUGUCCUGAAUGUCUCUGUCAGUGAUGGCCGGUUCCAGGUACCCAUCGAUGUUGUGGUCCACGUCGAGCAAUUGCUGCAAGAGAUGCUGCAGAACACAGUCACCAUCCGUUUUGAGAACGUGUCCCCAGAAGACUUUGUGGGCCUUCACAUGCACGGGUUCAGGCGCACCUUGCGAAACGCGGUGCUUUCCCAGAAACAAGACAGUCUGCACAUCAUCAGUAUUCAGCCAGUGGCGGGUGGCAAUCAGCUCGACAUGCUGUUCGCAGUUCAGAUGCACAACGGUGGUUUCUAUAAGCCUGCCUAUUUGAUUCAGAAGCUUACCAAUGCGAGGAGACACUUGGAAAAUGUGAUUCGUAUUUCUGCUAUCUUGGAGAAGAAUUGCUCUGGACUGGAUUGUCAAGAACAACACUGUGAGCAAAGUCUGUCUAUUGAUUCGCAUUCCCUGAUGACCUAUAGCACGGCACGGAUUAGUUUUGUGUGCCCCCGCUUUUACAGGAAUGUGCGCUGCAUGUGCAAUGGAGGACUCUGCCCAGGCUCUAACGAUCCCUGUCUGGAGAAGCCGUGUCCAGGGGACAUGCAGUGUGUGGGGUAUGAAGCUAAUCGGAGACCCUUCAUCUGCCAGUGCCCACCAGGAAAGCUCGGAGAAUGUUCAGGCCACACUUCCCUCAGCUUUGCUGGGAAUAGCUACAUUAAAUACCGUGUUUCUGAAAAUAGCAAGAAAGAGGAAUUCAAGUUGGCUCUCCGUCUGCGAACCCUGCAAAGCAAUGGGAUUAUAAUGUACACCAGAGCGAAUCCCUGUAUAAUUCUGAAGAUUGUCGAUGGCAAACUGUGGUUCCAGUUGGACUGUGGAAGCGGCCCGGGAAUCCUGGGAAUUUCUGGCAGGGCCGUUAAUGACGGAAGCUGGCAUUCAGUCUUCCUGGAGCUGAAUCGCAAUUUCACGAGCUUGUCCCUCGACGACAGCUACGUGGAGCGCCGCAAAGCCCCCCUCUAUUUCCAGACUCUCAGCACAGACAGCUCCGUCUACUUCGGCGCCCAGGUCCAAGUGGAUAAUGUCCGCAGCCUGACCGACAAGAGGACGACGCAGGUCUUGAGCGGCUUUCAGGGCUGCCUGGAUUCAGUUGUCCUAAAUAACAACGAACUGCCACUGCAAAACAAGCGCAGCAGCUUUGCCGAAGUGGUUGGCCUGACCGAGUUGAAGCUGGGCUGCGUCCUCUACCCCGAUGCCUGCGAGAGGCAUCCCUGCCAGAACGGCGGCACCUGUACCGCCGUGCCAUCUGGUGGCUACCAGUGCAAUUGCCUCUCCCAGUUUACGGGAAGGAAUUGUGAGUCGGAGAUCACAGCCUGCUUCCCAAAUCCAUGCCGGAAUGGAGGCUCUUGCGAUCCCAUUGGCAAUGCUUUCAUCUGCAACUGCAAAAAUGGCCUGACAGGAGUAACGUGUGAAGAAGACAUCAACGAGUGUGAAAGAGAAGAAUGUGAAAAUGGUGGCUCCUGUGUCAACAUAUUUGGUUCAUUUCUGUGUAACUGCACCCCUGGCUACGUGGGGCAAUACUGUGGUCUUCGCCCCGUGGUGGUUCCCAAUAUACAAGCAGGGCAUUCGUACGUGGGCAAGGAGGAGCUGAUAGGAAUAGCUGUGGUCCUGUUUGUCAUAUUUGUGUUGAUCGUCCUCUUUAUCAUUUUUCGCAAGAAAGUUUUCAGGAAGAACUAUUCCCGCAACAACAUCACGCUCGUACAGGAUCCAGCUACGGCUGCCCUGCUCAACAAGAGCAAUGGCAUCCAAUUCAAGAACAUCAGGAACAGCGGAGACAGCAGGAACAUCUACCAAGAGGUUGGGCCUCCACAGGUCCCCGUGAGGCCGAUGGCCUAUACCCCAUGCUUCCAGAGUGACUCGCGGAAUAACCUGGACAAGAUAGUGGAUGGGCUUGGUGUGGAGCACCAGGAGAUGACGACAUUCCAUCCCGAGUCCCCCAGAAUACUGACAGCCAGGCGGGGGGUGGUGGUGUGCAGCGUAGCUCCAAACUUGCCCGCUGUGUCUCCCUGUCGCUCCGACUGUGAUUCCAUCAGGAAGAGCACAUGGGAUGCUGGAACAGAAAGUAAAGGGGUUGAUGACGCUGAAGAAGUGACCUGUUUUGCAGGAAGUAAUAAAGGCAGCAACUCCGAAGUACAGUCCCUCAGUUCCUUCCAGUCUGAUUCUGGUGAUGAUAAUGCUUCCAUAGUGACUGUCAUACAGCUUGUCAACAAUGUUGUUGACACUAUAGAAAAUGAAGUGUCUGUUAUGGAUCAAGGACAGAACUACAACAGAGCGUAUCAUUGGGAUACCUCUGACUGGAUGCCAAGUGCUCGAUUGUCCGACAUAGAGGAAGUGCCCAAUUUUGAGACGGCAGAUGGAGGCUCGGCUCAUCAUGGCAGUACCAGAGAGCUGGAAACAGAUUACUACCUUGGUGGCUACGACAUUGACAGCGACUACCCUCCCCCUCACGAAGAGGAGUUUUUAAGCCAGGACCAGUUACCACCUCCUCUUCCAGAGGAUUAUCCGGACCAAUAUGAAACCCUCCCGCCCUCACAGCCAGUCUCAAUGGCAAGUACGCUCAGCCCCGACUGCAGGCGACGGCCGCACUUCCACCCUAGCCAAUACCUCCCUCCUCACCAGUUCCCCAAUGAGACGGACACCGCUGGGUCUCAGUCAGGGAACGAAUUUAGUACUUUUGCUGUUGGCCCAAGCCAGAACACAGAAAACGUUAGUGCAGGUAAGAUGCCCUUAUCGUUGCACAACUCUCUAGAUGCCUCCUCCUCUGACGUCUCAGCCAGCUGCGGCUUUGAUGACUCCGAAGUAGCCAUGAGUGACUAUGAAAGUGUGGAGGAACUCAACCUAGAAAAUGUUCACAUUCCAUUUGUGGAGACCCAGCAUCAGACACAAGUGUAAAGGAAGCUCCCUCCUUCCUCUUCUUCUUCUUCUUCUUCCUCCUCCUCUUUUUUUUUUUUUUUUCCGUCAUUUGGUCCAAUUAAUGAUAUAAAUAUUGAGAAGAAACUUUGCUGAAGGUGUAUCUAUAUAUAUUGGGCAAGGCAAAAAUACAGUAUAACCCAUUAUUAACUUGUUCAGAAAUGAUACUGUAUGUGCAGACACAAAGAGACCAAUUGUGUUAAGUAUUAUACAUCACAAAAUUGUUACAGACAAUCUGGACAGGAUGUACCUUCUAUUUAUUACCAAGAGUAAAACUCAGCUUUUGAGGCAGGGGGAAACAAUAAUUGCUAAAAAUUUCUUUCUUUCCCCCAAAGUUUGGUUUGUUUUUUGUUGGGGUUUUUUUUGUAUUGUAUUAUUAAAAGUGUUACAGUGUUAUGAUUUCCCCACAGUAUUAAGGAACUGGUAUGGAUCAUUCUGAGAUGCACUGUUGCAUGAAAUUUUAUGUCAGCGAAAGAGUGAAAGCAAUUGAUCACUGAUGUGAACAACUGCUGUGUACAGCACAUCAGGUGGCUGAAAAAACAGCAUUUACAAAUUGACGUAUCAAAGACGAGUGACCGGUCAUUUGCCCAUAAAUAUUUAUCUGUACUUUUGUUUGUUACAUAGCAUUUCAUUCUACUGUGUGUACAUAUAGAGCAACACAUAUAUACAGCAUAUAUUUACUCCAAAUUGGCCUACUUUGGUUGACAUUUUGUAAAACCAGAUGUCAGGUGUGCGUACGUAACUUCACCCAUGAAGACUUCUAGAACUAUCAGGGUUUGGCUCAGCAGCGGCCCCGUUUUGCCUCAGCUGCCUAUGCACAGCCUCCUCGACUCCUGUAUGCAAUGUGAACGUGUAUCCGAAAACAUUGGGAGACCCAUCUACAAAGCGCCGCUGAUUUCUUUGAAAUUCCUUGCUUGGGCAGUCACCUCUUUAACAGCAGUCAUCAUGCUUACAAUUAUUGCAGUAAAAUUAGUUGCAAUUAAGUUGCAUAUAACACUGCUGUAAGCUCAAAUCAUUAGCUUAACGUCAUUUGGCAAACGUCCAUCCUCAGAGUUUAUGGGAUGAGUUCUCAGCUGCUGUAAACUGACUCAGUGGGUGGAACUGCACGGAUGGGCUGCGGCCAGAGAUCUGGCCCUAGAUUUUCCGCUGGAUGUGUGAUUUCGUAGUAUUUGAGGACUUCCAAAGGUUGUUUGCAGACCCGAGAAUACUUUUGUGGGAUGAGGAAAACCACAGCAUCUGUAUGCUUUUACGCUUCCCUCAGCCUGAUUGCAGUAAAUGGCCUUUCACACUGAUUGGGCCUAAGCAGCUAAGUACAAUGUGGAAAUGUGGUGGUUUUACGCAGUGUAUUAAAGUGGAAUAUAUAUACCUGUUGCUCGGUGCUAUGAAAAUGUUUUUACCAUUGCAUUUUACAGCAUCUGUGUACCUUUUACAGUGAACGUGAGUCUGCAUGACUGCUGGGGUUUCAUCCAUUUCUUUCCAUGACAUAGUACAGUCAUUCUGAAAAGCUAUCGAAUACAUAAAUUGUUGUUACAGAGGAACAGAUUGAUUAACAGCUUUCUUCUGCUGUUUUCCAUGUCCUGUCUCUCUGUCAAACGUCUUAACUGGGUAGUUUCAGCAGCUGUGUUCCAGGGCAUGUUCUUGACUGACUGGAGUUUCAUUCAAAAUUAAAUUGUGGGCCAUUUCUUGACAUGCAGAAAGUGUUUAUUCAGAAAUUUCUCCCAACACGAAGAAAUUAUUAAUAGAAUGUAACUUAAAUAAUUGCAGCUUGUAACACUUUUAAUAAAACAGGAUUUCUAAAAUUGUCGGAGUAGGUACAAUGUGUUGCUGCUUCCCUCCAAUAGCUCGUAUAGCUGUGAAAGAUUGUUGCAGGUAUUUUGAGGGGAAACGUGCAGCAAUGCUUCACUAGAGAACAGCUCAUUAUACAGGUACAUGAAUAAAUUGAAUGAACUUCUAGAAAGAAUGUACUGCACAUACAAGUAUUACCAAGUACUUGUCUGCAAAUAGUUCCUGUCCAUUGAAUUUAUGAAUGUCACUUGGUCUUCUCAAAGUAAACAUGCUUCUGUAACAGUGAUAUGUUCUGAAUGUGCUCAUGGUACAUUUCAACUCCUUUUCCCUGCAACUAUCCCUGUGUUUUCAAGAAGAAAAAAAAAAAACCACAAAAAAAAGCCAGAAAUUUGUGUUGUGAUUGCAAGGAGCUGAGGGAUUUGCCAAGAAGCCAUGAAAUGGUUUGGCAAGCCCAGAGGCACAGGUAGAGGAUGACUUGCGUUGUUCAUGAAGUCCAUGUUGCAGGAAAGCAGAUGCAAUUAGACUGAUGUCUCUUCAAGUGUAGGAACAUCUGAGUUUCAAAGCUGCAAAUUUAGCUGCACUUUUAAAGCUGGUAUGACUUUCUGAGGCUGCAGUGCUGUCUUAGCAUUGGGCUGCAGUUUACAUGAGGUUUGCCUCUACUCACUUUUGGUGUGAGGCAUUUUUAUCCAUUAUGCAAUUCGUUCUGUUUGAGCCCCCAGCUAGUUAUGAAGCGUACUUGUCAUCUGAUUUCUGUAGUGAAGAUUCUUAAGCCUGAAACACCGGUAUCAAACCUUUACUGGGACAUAUCAAAAGUGUCAUGAGGGAGAACACCAUGGGAGCCUAGCAACUGCCAUACAAAAAAAAAAAAAAAAAAAAAAAAAAUCAAUGUUUCUUACCAAGCUUGUUGCCUCAGUAAUAUCUUGUUGGUAGUGAGUUUUACUAGUAAAAUAUGCAUAAAUACAAUGUAUAGUACUUUUUCUGGUUUGAUGUUGUUGCCAUUUCAUUUCACCAAACGCCAACUUGUUGGGAAGGUGCCAAGGAUCACCUGUUCAGCCUUCUCUGUCCCGGUCAUGAUUUCUAUACCUCAGUAUCUCCUCCCCUCCAAACUGAAUAGGCGUAAUCCAUCUUCAAACAGAUGCCCCUCUGUGAAUAUUGGUACUUCUGUGGCCUUUCUGGUAUUGCUCUGGUUCUUUUUGACAACGAUAAGAUCUGUAUGCAGAUCUCAAGGUGAAAUAGCUCUUAGGGAAUAAGAUUUUCAUAUUAACUUUUCUCUUGUUAAUCCAAACCAUUUUAUUUUCUUUUUAAUUACUGCUCUACAUGGACAAACCGUAAUCUUCUAACCCGGAAGAUAACAACACAUUCAUAACCUAAUGUAAGAAUUGGUGUUCAUCUUAUUCCAUACGGUAUAUAUUUCUUUUCCUGCCAUAUGAUGAUUUUUAUAUCGCUGCUAACUGUCAUUGCCAGAUCACUAGUUCUGUUCGAGCUUCCCCUCACACCUCUGCUUACCCUGUGUGUCUGUAUUUCAACGCACAUUCCUGUAGAUGGCUCCACUACACGGUAUUUUCCUUCGGAAUCAUCUGUAAGUGUCAUAGACUUAAUAAAGUACCUUUGAGUAUCAGUGGAUUAUAAGUCUCAGGAUCAAGACAGUCUUUGCUUUUUGUAAAGAAACAACAAAAAGAAAUAAUCAAGUUGUUAAAAUGCAAAUACAGUCCUGUAUCAGAAAUUGCAGACUUUGCCAGGGUGUGUCGGUCUCAGUAAAAGUGUACUUGUUCUUUGUGUUUGGAUCAGGUUGAGAGCGUCAUGCACAUUGACAGCCUUUUUGAUAACUCUGGCAAUGGAAGAAGCUAUUGUGAUUAAAAUGCUGCCAGUACCACAUUAAGUGGCGUUGUGCGAAAGGAAAAAUUAGGCUUAUAUACCUUUCUUAAAUAUGUUAAUUAUUUUGCCUUUGUAUUAUAAAUAUCCUCUUAAAAAAAAAAAAUAAAAUAAAAAAAAAACCCAACAAAAAAAGGCAAACAUCCCACCCCCUAAACUGUAGAUACUGGAUGUGAUUGCUGUUCUGAGCUAGUAUCCUAUAGCAGGGCGAAGAGCCAAAGGUGACACCAGGGAGCUGCAGAAUCACUUCCCUCCCAUGGGGCCAAAUGGGCAGCCCCACUAGCAGACCACCAUAAACUUGCUUUCCUAUAGGAUCCUCCAGUAGGACACAGCAUAUGAAGGCAACCAGGAGGAUGUGCCAAUUGCAGUACUGUGAUUUCCAGGCAGUCGAGCUAUUUUCCUAAAAAUAUUCCUAUUAGUGACUUGUUUGAUCCAGAAUUAUCCCAUGGGUUUCUUUAACCUGAAGUUGCAGUAAAAGGCUGGAAGGGGUCAAAGGUGUCUCACUGCCACUGUUUUCCUGAAGUCAGAACGUUGUGUGCUCCAUCUCUCAAGUGGGCUCUCCCCCUCUGCGUGUCACACAGACAAGUUAAAUUUUGAUCCUCAGAAUUUUUUUCUCCCCUUCUUUAAAUUCUCUAGCAUAGUGUGAAGUAGUGCUAGCCUUGAUUUAUUUGUACCCUUUCCAGUCAGAAACUCAGAGUGGGUGCAGCACAGUGAAAAAAAAAACAUGCCACUGAAAUGCCGAUUAAUGGGGAGGCAGCAGCCUGUUGUCUCUGUGAGCCAGGCAUGUGGUAAACUUUGAGAAUAUGACAAAAAAAAAUUGUUGCUCUUGGCUCAAUAUAAAUUCCGUUGUAAACAGAAAUAUGGGCUGGACAGGACAAAUGGUUUAAAACACAGCUUUACUCCUCAUUGGGCUCCUGCCUGAAAAAGCUAAAUGGAUGCUAUAGCGUAUCCUUAUAGCGGAUAACAAUUGCAGUCAUGGGAGAGAGAGUCGAAGGUGCCCUGGACCAGCUCUGCUGAGCUCAUUUGAAAAGGUAGCAUCCUUAAUAAUGGAAGAAACAAGCUAUUUAAAACCAGUAUUGAAAGCACAUCUGUGCUUUGUUGGUGGUUUUUUGAACUAUUCACUGAGUAAUAAUGGAUGUUUCAUAGGUUUCCAAUGAGAGCGCUACAUCUUCAGGUUCAUUCUCUGAUGGUUUACCAUCAUUUACCAUGCAGUAGAACUGUGCUUUUUGCCUGUUUGCAUCUCUGUUCCUCUCAAUACAUCAAACUGUGAUUUGAGCCUUAGAAAUUUAGACUAUUGUCCAUUACCCAUGGAUUUUAGCCUGUGUUCCAUAAACUCGACAUUUAACAUCUCCAUUAUCAGAAGGGCCAUUCAGUUAGUAAAUUAGCUGCAUCAUCCAAGGGAUGGGCGAGGGGGAGGAAAUGAAAUUAAAUUCAUUUCUUUAUGUAAUAAUGAAAAGCAAUAAUUGCAAAUAGUCGUAUUACGCAAAGGCCAUAAGUAAUCUUUACCAGUGUUAAGAGUGCACUUGAACUGUAUUAUGGAAAGAGACUGGAGCCCUCAGAACUGUAGCAUUCUUCUGUCAUAGGAAUACCUGAAUCGCUAUUAUUUAACAAUGCAACGAGCCCAUACUGCCGCUUUUCAGGAGGUGACAAAGAUGUUUAGGAGUGAAAGCAGUUCUCUUUAAAGCACUGUAUCGGAAAAGAUUGUCUUGUAAAUUUUACCUGUUGCAAGCAGGCUGGUUUGUAAAAGAUGUAUGUUUUGGUGUUUAAAAAGAAGUUUAUAAAAUAAUGUAUAUAAUGGUUUCAAAUUACCAGGCUUUUGUAGAUAUUUGAUGCCAAUCAGGAUGCUUUAAUUUUUUUUUGUUUGUUUGUUUGUUUGAUAUAAUUCUAAAGAGUCAUCAAAGUUGGUUUAAACUUUUAAAGUAACAGCAAAAAAGAAAAAAAGAAAAAAGUUUUAGAUUUGAAAAAUUUUUAAUCAUUUCAAAAUGUACUGUAACUUUCCUUUGGGUUCAGCUCUUUUUGUUUAACUUUUUUCUGUUUUUAAGAAGAUGUUUUUUAUUGACUUUUUUCAAAUGAAUGUGUUUUGCACAAAAAACUAGAGACAUGAUUUUUAUGCCAUUUAAAGUAGGUAUUAAGAGAUGUCAUUUAUCCAAUGACAACAAAUUCAACCUUAUGCAAAAGGGAAGGUUUAUCACUUUGAGUGGGUAUAGUCCAUCGGAAAACUAAUUGUUCCUUCAUAAUUGCUGUUGGCAGUAUUGUCUUGUGUUCUUUUGCUAUAAAAACAAAACAACAACAAAAAAAAAGGUGUACAGGUUUGUAACUGCCAAAAUUUGCUAAAGUUGAUGGUUAAAAUAAGUUUUCCAAGUAAACAAAAAGAAAAGCCCA